AUGAUCCCCCCUCCGUCCAACAAAAGCCCAUCCACGGUGCUCUCGCCCGCGCAGACUCUAGUCGACGGGCGCGCGCCGGUCCUGCAGCGGUACUCGCCCGCGCGGCGGUACGUGCUCCUGCUCAUCUUCUGCCUCGCGCAGUUCCUCGACGCGUUCAACAACUCGGCGCUCUUCUCCGCGAUCCCCGCGCUCGUGCGCGACCUGGGGAUGACCGAGGCCGAGUCGACGUGGAUCAUCUCCGCGUUCCAGCUCACGUUCGCGAGCUUCCUCCUCAUCAGCGGGCGUAUCAGCGACGUGUAUAAUCCGAAGCUCGCGUUCAUCGGCGGGGUCGCUGGCCUCGGCGUGCUCUCCAUCGGUGCCGGCUUUGUGACUAGCAAGAUUCCGCUCAUUGUUAUCCGCGCCCUGAGUGGUAUCUCCGCGUCCCUGACCAUUCCAUCCGCGCUUACGCUCCUCGUCCACGUCUUCCCGGAGCCGACUGAACAGGCUCGCGCCAUCGGCGUUUUCGGCGGCUGCGGGGCGGUCGGCAACGUCCUUGGACUCGUUGUCGGCGCCAUUUUCGUCCAGUUUGCGUCAUGGAGCUGGGUGUUCUGGUUUGUCGCGCUCGUCUGCAUGCCGAUCUCCGUCGCCUGCGUCUUCCUCGUCCCGGCCCAAGAACCGCACCUCGAAGAAGUUGGCGCAAAGACCUAUGCGCGCUGGAGGAGUCUCGAUCUCGGUGGUGUGUCUAUUCUGACUGUCGCACUCAUCCUCUUCAUCUACGGGGUCACCUCCGGCACGACGUCCGGGUGGGGUUCGGCCGGCGUGCUCGUCCCGCUCAUCCUUGCCGUCCUCUUCGUCAUUGGCUUCUUCUGGUUUGAGACUCGCAUCCCGACCGCCAUCGCCGCGAUCCCGCCCAGCACGUGGUUCCUGCCGAACUUCCUCGUCCUGUUCUUCACCGCGCUCCUGCCCUACUUCUGGUGGACGACGAUCUUCACCAUCUACACCACGCUCUGGCAGGACGUCUGGGGCUGGAGCGCCAUCUCCACCGCCAUCCACAUGAUCCCGCUCGGCGUCCUCGCCUUCGCGAUGUCUUUCACCGGCGCGCUCUCGCGCCUCGUCAGCCCGAAGUACAUCAUCCUCGCCGGCGAGGCGCUCUGCCUCGCCGCGACCGCCCUCCUCGUCUUCGCCGACCGCCCCGCGCGCUACUGGCCGCUCAUCUUCCCCGCGUUCGUCGCCGGCUCCGCGGGCGCGAUGCUCACCUACACGCACACGAACAUCGCGCUCUUCCGCGCGAGCCCGCCGCGCAUGGCCGGCACCGUCGGCGCGAUCUUCAACGGCGCGCUGCAGCUCGGGAGCGCGAUUGGGAUCUCCGCCGUCGGCUCGAUCGAGAGCAGCGUGGAGAAGACGAGCGCGGGCGGGGCGGAGGGGUACGCGGGGCGGGCGGCGGCGUAUUGGUUCUUGUUCGCGGUCGUCGCGCUGGAGUGGAUCGCGAUGCUCGUGUUCUACAGGACGUCGAGGGAGGGCGCGGUGGAGGAGGAGGUGGAGGUCGUCCAGGAGAAGGCGUUCGACGUGGAGGAGGUCGUUUCUGAGGAGAAGAAGGUCGUCGUCGAGGAGGUGGCCGAACAAAACGCCGCCGACAGUGUCGCGGCGCAGGAAGACGGACCCACGGUGCCGGUCGCGGCGCUCCGCCGCAGCCUCGAGGCUUAG